AUGGACUGUCCCGUCCCGUCCCGUCCUCAUCCCUGUCCCGUCCCUAUGACAACACUGCCUGAAGACAAGAAAAUGGACGCUUUCUUGGAUGAGGAGUAUAAGAAAAAAGUUAGUAAUGAGAUUAGGCAGAGAAAUCAAGAAAAGAAACUUUGCUUUAGCACCUCCGGCCAAACCCAAGAGUCCCUUCCAACACAUCCCGAAGAGAAAAUGUCUCAAGAUCUCAACUCAGUCACUCAGCCAUGCAAUAGCACGUCAUCAGAAGAAAAGAUAUGUAGCGAACUGGAUUCAAAGUGUAAGAAGGGGAAGAGUGUGGACAAGCUUAAGCAAGAAUUAUUUGCUUCGGAGUUGUCUUCACAAGAGCCAUCAAUAGAACAAAAUCAUGUGACCGAAAUUUCCGAGACAUUAUGUCCCGGAAAAGUUACCUCUGAUAAAUCUAGUAUUGAUGAGGCCUCACAACAUCUAGCUCAGUUAUGCGAUAAAGUUUUUGAUGCUGAAGAUAAAGCAAAUCGAGCUAAUCAGGAAGAAAUUUUAUGUUGGUACCUCUAUGCGAAAGAUUUCAUAAUUCAGCUCAAUGGAAUCAUAGAAAGUAGUGAAGGUAAAUUCGGUGAAAAGAAAGCAAGAGGCUUACUGUAUGAUUCCAUUACAAAACAGCUUAAUUUGCUUCGUAAACAGAGAUCCCAAGAAACGGGGUUACAGCUUCGAGAUGUAUCACGAGAUAGUUUGCGCAAGAAAACCCAGAGAGCUGAGAAAGUCUAUAAAUUUAUCGAACAAGUGGGCCUAGAUAAAAUCAAGUAUAUCAAAUCUUAUAGUGCAACUUCUAUUUCAGAGCUUACUAAUGAGCAAAUUCAAGAUGUUAUAGAUUAUGGAAUAUCUUCGGAAAAAUUACCUCUGGUAACGGAUCAUGUGACUGAAAUUUCCGAGACAUUAUGUCCCAGAAAAAAUUUGCCUGAAAAUACUCCCGAUCAGAAUAAUGUAUUGGAGGUCUUGUCUCCAAAGGAAUCAACUGCACUUAUUCCAUUAGCCCAUCCCUCUAAUUCUUCUGAUAAUUCCAAGGAAGAGGAGGCGAAUCCUACUAAAGUGAACAUCACCACUUCAGACGAUGAUGACUCCAGUUCUAGCGAUUCUGAAGAAGAGAUGCCGGAUGAUGAUGAAUAUAAUGGUUACGGUGGAUAUAAUGAAUAUGGUGAAUAUGAUAGAGAUAUGAUGCAUAGUAAAACGUCAUCCGCAAUAAUUAACGUCACUGGCUCAUGUGAAUCCGCAGAAUAUGCUAGGCGCAGUAAUACGUUACUGACAUCCGCAAUCGUCAUUUUUGCUGAAGACGCUAAGACAGAGGAUCUAUUAAUAAACCAAUAUUUUUGUUGCUAUGAUGAACUUUCCCCAAAGUUCUGGGAGGAACAUUUGUUAUUAUUAGAUGGGAUCCAGGCCGUUAUAAUUGUUUUAGCUGAAAAAAUAUAA